AUGGAUUUUAGAGACAAGAGCGAUAGUAUUAUGGACAAGGUGUUUUCCGCGGUUACACUCCCGGAAAUCAACUUCUCAUCUGAGCAACACGUCGAGAAAUACCAUAUUGAGGAGCAUCAUGAAUCCCAUACAUUGUUCGGAAACAGUGUCUCGAUUACAAAUGAAACCAAGAACAAAUUUGAAGAUGAUAAGCGAUCUGAGAUUUCGUCAAUCUCGAAAGCUUCGUCAGUAUCGGUUCAUUCAAGUGUUUCGCAAAAAUCGGCUCAUCAAUACGACUUGCCGCCAGUUGAUGUUGUUGCCGCAAAGCGCCAAUCGAUUGCAUCUCAAAACUCUCAUUUGAGCAAGGCUUCGCAUGUGAGCGAAUCAACCAUCUCCGAACACACUCUGGUCGGAGCUAAUCAUGUUACGAUUGGUGAUGGAAUUGCGUCGGAACCGAACACUCCAGUGGCUGUGAUGAAAACUGAAGAACAUGACCGUGUAUUGGAGCAGAUGAAGCAACUUCAUGGAAAAGAGGAAUCUGUUGUAUCGUUGUCUUCCCAUAGAAGUGUAGAUUCCAUCGCUCCCUCAAAAUUGACAAACUCGAUCAUUACGAACGAUUAUCAUGUUUUGAAAAAGGCGAAUGAUGUGGAAACGCGUGAUUUGGUAUUUUCCUCGUAUGAGCAUUCAUAUGCCAAUGCGGGUCACUACGAUAAUCAGAGUGAAAAUUCUUUUGGAUUUGAAAAGGUUGAGUAUGUUGAGCCGAGCCGUGAAGAAGAAACGUAUUUCCAUGACACUGCGCAUGUUGUCCCGGAAGACCAUCAUACAAAACAUGUUGAACACCACGUGGAAACUUAUCAAGCUUAUGAACCGAUUGCCGAAAAUUAUGACGUGUCCACUUUUGAAAUUCAUGAGCGCCGCAACUCUGAUAUGCAUAGACAGAAACGUUCUGAGUCUUCCUCAACUUAUCAGAGUCGCCAUAUGCUCGCUCAUACUCAAGGCCCGAGAAUCACUGAGGAGCUUCGUCCAGCUAGUGUGAUUGAGGAGGAAGAGACUUAUGUGGAACCCCCGGUGCUCGCCUAUGUGCCUCCCCAACCCGCGAAACCACCACGUACCCAUGACGUGUACGAUCCCUAUUCGUCAAACACCACUACUACCACCACUCACGAAACCCAUCACUAUCCCAAGAAUGUUGAAGUGAUCAAGUCAACCACUGUUGUCAGAGAAGAGAUUUAUGCAGGACCAGGUAGCAGCAGAGCGUCACAAUCUGAUUCAUCUGAUAUUGUAGGAGUGCGAGCGCUUCGUGAGAAGUUCGAGAAUGGUGAACCGGAACUUGAAGAUCAUUAUCAUCACCAUCAUCAACAUCAUCAUGAAGUCCAUCAUCAUCAUGAGCAGAAGAAACACCAUCAACACCAUGAGCAGCAUCAUGUUCAGGUCGGCGAGCACAUCUCUUCUAGUAGUGGUGAAUAUAGUAGGGUCCAGGGUGAGCACCAUUAUGAUAUUCCUUAUGAGUCUCAAGUCUAUGAUACGUCCUCUUUAUCCGUGAGCGAGCGUCAUUAUGCAACUCCAUCUCAUAAUGAUGUCGCAUUGAAUUCUGAAACGUUGUACUCGGAUUAUCAACACCAUCAUUAUGUUCCACAAAUCAAAGUGAUCACUGAAUAUCGUCAUAUCGAUCCACACCAUCACUACGUUGAAGAAAUUCAUGCCAUGAAGUCUGAUCAGGAGAUCAAUCAUAUUCAUCAUUUCGUACCAUCAACACCAACAACACCAAAUAAAGAUGGCUUCCAUGUUCAUCAUCAGCAUAGUUAUGUGCCAGAAGUCAACAGAUAUUUGGAACGUGAGAGUCGACGUUCAGAGCAUCAUCACUAUGUUCCUCCCGUUGUUCCAAAAGAAAAAGACGAGCGCCAAAUUAUACGAACCCAUAACUAUGUGCCUCUUGUGAGAAAAUCGAGAUCAGAGGAACGAAAAACUGUAGAUAACCGCCAUAGUUAUAUUCCGAUUACAAGAUCGACUAGUCGCGAAAACCGGGAGGUGAAGCACGAUCAUCAGUUCAUUCCUUUGGUAUCCCCAAAGGAAAAGUCAGUUGAGAAGAUUGAUGUGCACAAUCAAUACAUUCCGCUAUCACCAACGCAUCAAAAGGAUGAAAGGCAUCAUGUAAACGAGAAGCAUUCUUUCAUUCCAUUGGUGAUUAGCAAUACGCAGAAGGAGCAUCGAGGAAGCAUUCAUCAUGGUUACAUUCCAUUGGCCAUUGAGCCGAAUCAACAACAUGUUGAAAUUGAGCGGCGCCAUCAUUACAUUCCAAAGAUCGAGUGUGCCAACACCACAAAUCCUAUUAGUACAAGCAAGCAUUCGUAUCAGCCACUGAUACGAAAAAAAGCCAACGAGACACGUCAAACUGAUUUUCGUCAUCAUCAAUUUGUGCCUUUGGCUCCCAAAGUUGAUGCAAAUGUCGAUAAGAGCGUUUCAAGAGAACACCAUUAUCUGCCAUUGACGCCCAAGACAGAACCAAAUCAAUCAUUCAUUGCUCGUGAGCAUCAUUAUUUGCCGUUGGUGGGUGAAGAAAAAACUUCAAACGCUACUACAAUUGAUCUUGCCCACCAUCAAUAUAUUCCACUAGUUUCUGAACGCCCGAAGACUUCUGACGUUACUUACACUCAACAUCAAUACAUUCCACUUACCCCUGAAAAAACGCCGGAGCCGUCAAUUCCACGUCAGCACAACUACAUUCCAUUAUUAGCCAAAACUGAGAAGAACAAGAAGAUUUCUCUGGAACGCCAUAACUACAUUCCGAAAUUUAGCGAAACACAGGAGCGCAAGGAAAUUCCACGUGAGCACAGUUUUGUGCCCAUCAUUCCUGCGAAAGAAGAAAGAGAAGAUAUCGUAAGACAACAUCAGUAUUACCCGCUUCCAAAGAAUUCUGCAAGUUCCUCGUCGCGACAGGAAAUUCCUCGUGAACACAACUACAUUCCAUUGAUCAAUAAAAAGAUGGACAAAACGAAUAAUGUUUUGAGUGAGCAUCAUUAUUUGCCCUUAAUUGGAAAACAUGAGGAGAGACACGAAAUUCCACGCGAGCAUGGCUACAUUCCACUGCCACCCAAAAAUGAAGAGCACGAGUCUAUUCAACGCGAUCAUCACUACAUUCCUGUGAUACCAAAGGACGCGAAGCCAACGUCCCAUACCAUCUACAGUUCACAUGAAUAUAUUCCGCUGACAACACCAAGGGCAUCACAAAAUGAGGUAGUGUCUCAUGAGCAUCAUCACUUCGUUCCUCUUAUUCCCUCUUCAUCUGCACCUGAAUCCAAAAGUGAACUGACAAAGCACAACUACAUUCCUCUCGUUUCUUCUGAGAAACACUCCAAUGCCCCUUCCACCCAACAUCACAAUUAUGUUCCCUUCAUCCCAAAACGUAGUGAACAAGAGAAACAAUCACACUCUCAACAUCGUUAUCUGCCAAAAAUACCUGAAAAAUCUGAUAUCGUUGAUAUUCAGAGGCAACAUCACUUCAUUCCAAAUGUGCCAAAGAGCGAAACGACGGAACAGCUGAAGCUUGAGCAUCAUCAAUAUGUUCCAGUUGUCACGAAUGUUGCAAAAAAAAGUGAGGCAUCUGUUCGAGAGCAUCAUUAUCUUCCAGCAGUUCCAAAAGCUGACAAGAAAGAGACUGUGAAACUUGAAGAGCAUCACUAUAUUCCUCCGUUUGAUAUCAAGAAGAAACAAAUAGCGGAUAAAGCGGAUUCCGACAAACAUCAUUUCAUUCCAAAUAUUCCCCAGAAAUCUGCAACGGAAACUGUUAUUACUUCUUCUCAUCAUUACAUUCCAGUUGUUACGAAACGCUACGAUAAACGUGAGGAAGUUCACGGCCACAACUACAUCCCAAUGAUUCGAAAAGACGCCAACGAAGAAAGCGAAAGAAACAUCUCACAUGAUCACAAGUACAUCCCAUCGACAUUGCAAAUAAGAGAAAAGAAGAGCUCAAUUAAUCAUCAGCAUAACUUCGUGCCUACUCAGCCCGCCAAAAACGAGCAACAGCGCACAAUUGAAACGGAGAAGCAUCAUUAUGUUCCAAACAUUUCUCGGCAUACAAAGAAGCGCGAAAAGCUUGAUUCUCAUCACUACAUUCCCCCAGUCGUAAAAAAACAAGAGGAGCAUUCGGAUAUUCAGCACUCCCACAACUACAUGCCACAGGUGCUGCAAAUCCGCGAGCGCGAUGAUGUUGCCCACGAGCAUAAUUAUGUCCCGGAAGUAAUUCGAAAAACCGAUAUUCAUCAGGAAACCAUUGCAAUUCAUCAUUAUCUGCCACCAGUUGCCCAUAAAACUGAAGAGCGUCGACAAAUUUCUAACGAGCAUCACUAUACCCCGGAUGUUCGAAAAAGUGAGGUGAAGCGUGGAAAUGUAUCGGAACACCAUUAUCUUCCACCGGUUCCGAAGGAAAAAAAGGCAAAACGAAUUGACACAACGCAUCAUUAUGUACCAACAGUUAAUCGGCAGGAAGUAAACGAUGGUUUCGAUAGGACGCAUCAAUAUGUGCCGGAUUACAAGAAGCACGAUAAUGUUGAUAAGAAAAUUGAGAGCAAACAUAGUUAUGUCCCAGUCACCCAAAAUAUAAAGGAAAUAACGCAACAAAUCAACAGAAGAAAUCAUUAUGUGCCUCCAGUUGAGAAGAAACAUGAAAAGGUGCUUGCGGAUAUUUCAAACCAUAACUAUAUCCCAACGUCACAAGAAGAUUUGACUCUCGUCAAAAAUCAACAUCCAUACACUUCUCGUUACGUCAGCAAGCCUUCUCCAAGAGUGGCUCGCAACAAUAUCGUGUACAGCAAUGAGGAACUGAAGCCAUUAAAUUGUAUUCCUGAUGAGCCUGAUACAUUUAUGUUGCGCCACAAGAUAGUCAAGCCAAUUGCACGAGAGCUUGUAAUUCCUGAUGAACCAAGAAUUCCGGUUCCAAGGCCGAGAUCCAGAAUCUCGUCUAAAGUAAAUGAACAUGUUCAACUCGGCGGUUCGAGAAAAAAUACGGUCCAAAGCGAACACCAUUCGAUUCAUUCUCAUCAUGGUCACCAUGAGCAUCAUCAACAUCAUAAUGAGUCGAUUGCUAGCGAUGCUCAUCACAACUCGCAUCAUCAAAUUCGCUCAAGAACUUCUACGGCCAACACCGGUCAUAGUGCGACUCCAGUUCAAAGAGUUCAGCCAACCAUUAAAAAUCCAUACGGUGACCAUCAGUCGAUCCGGGUCGUAAAGAAUGUUCGCGAGUUUGUCAACACUUUUGGCGCAACUCAUACUGCUCUCCCAGACUUUCCGUUUGCUGGAAUUCCAAAACUCCCAACUUCUCCAAGAGGCGCGAUUUCUCCUUUGACUUUCCAAGAGGAGAAGCAGCAUCAGAAUCAUUCUCGUAAAUCAUCGGUUGCUUCGCACCAUUCAAUUGGAAACGGAAUUGAGAUUCCGUCGCGCAAAUCUACCCAAUCUACCAUUCAUCGUCCAGCAAUUACUGUCGAGCAUAAAAUCGUACCACGCUCGCGUCAAUCAACUCUUACCAAGGAUAAUGUCGAUGAUAUUCAUUUCGAAAAACAUCAGAAUGAUUACUAUGAACAUGAGGAUGAAGAAACUAUUCAUCUAGUUUCUGUCUCGAAAGCCCGUCACUUGUUUGAAAAGAAUGGACCAACUCAUCUUCCCGAAUACGCUUUGUCACCACGUGCACUCAUUCACUAA